AUGGCUGCCAAAGAAGGCACCCCGCCGGCCGAUGCCGGCAGCCCGGACAAGACCUCCACGAAGCGCAAGUCCGCCGUCGAUGAGAUCGAGGUCGACCUGGCGGCCCCGGAGCCGCCGUCCAAGCGAGCGCGCCGAGCGCUGAAGAAGGGCAAGGCCCUCCCCGCGAAGCCGAGCAGCGACGACGAGAAUGACGGCGAUGGCGAGGACAAGAAGGAGAAUAAGGAGAAGGUCCGGUCAGAGCACGCCGUCUGGAUUGGCAACCUGCCGUUCUCGGCGACUCCAGAGCUCAUCCGCCGGUGGCUCGUCGACAACUCCGGCGGCGUCAUCACCGACGAGUCCAUCACGCGGAUAAAGCUGCCCACAACCAAGGAGCCCGGGCGCGACAAGAGCCAGAAGCCGGCGAACAAGGGCUUCGCCUACGUCGACUUCGCGGAGCUCGGCCCCAAGGUCGGCGCCGUUGCGCUCUCCGAGAAUGACAUGGGCGGGCGCAAGCUGCUCAUCAAGGACGCGACGUCCUUUGAGGGCCGCCCGGCGAAAGAAAAGGAACCCGCGGACGGGGCCGAGGCCGGUGGAGACGCACAGUCGCGGAGCGACGCCAACGCGAGCCGCAAGGUCUUUGUCGGAAACAUGAGCUUCGGCACCACCGAGGACGACCUGCGCAAGAACUUUGAAAAGUGCGGAGAGAUUGAGUGGGUCAAGCUCGCGACGUUUGAGGACUCGGGCAAGUGCAAGGGCUUUGGCUGGGUGAAGUUCAAGGAGCCCGAGGCGGCGGCCUGGGCGGUCAAGGGCUUCGUCAAGAUCAAGGAGCAGAUUGAGACGGAAGACGACUUCAAAGACGAGGAAGACGAGGACGAAGACGCAGAUGCUGGGGAGAAGCAGAAGCAGAAGCAGUUCAAGACGCGCAAGUGGUGGGUCAACCGGAUGCUGGGACGGCAGCUGAAGCUGGAGCUGGCCGAGGACGACCAGACGAGGUACAAGAAGCGGUUCACCAAGGGCGGCGCCGGCGCCGGCGGUCCUGGUGCAAGAGCACCCAGGGAGCGGUCCGAGAGGCAGCAUAACGGUCGCCGCAGGGAUGAUGAUGCGGGCGAGCCGGCGAAGCAGACGGCGCAGGAGCUGCAGGAGGCGCGGUUGAUGGGCAAGGUGGUGCCGCACACGGGCACCAAGAUGACGUUUGACUAG